AAAUUUGCAUCCCUGUCCACUCCCCCUGGGUUGUGGUGAACCUGCCUGGAUUGGAGCUUGAACAAAGCAGCGAGCGAGAGAGCGUGAUAGAGAAGCAGAGAGAGCAGGCGAGAGAGAGAGAGAGGGGGGGGAGAGAGACAGAGCGACAGAAACCGCUCUUUCUCGCUGAAGAGAAGCUGUCGCCUGGACAACCGAACACAGCGCAGGAGGGGAAAGUGAGGGAGAAACAAAAGAGAGAAACUGCAGGGGGAGAAAAGAGGAGAAGAAGGAGAGACUGAGAGUGAGGGGGUCUGCAGAUUGAGAGCUGCGCGAGCUGUGACGGUUUAAAAGUGUCAGGUACUUUGCACUGUUUCCGCAGGAGAAGCUGAGGUCAGCAAAAGAAAGACAAAAGAAAGAAAAAUAAAACAGAUUUUUCCCAGCUGCUCUGCUUGGAAAGGUUUUGCGAGACGUUUUCUUCAGAGUGGAGGAACUCGUCCAGCUCAGGCAGUGUCAUGGAUUCAGAGGAUGAACCCUUGUUGUUCCAGAUUCCAUGUGACCUGAGUGAGUUUGAGGAACAAGAGGAAGAAGAAGAAGAAGAAGAAGAAGAAGGAGAAGAAGAAGAAGAAGAAGAAGAGAAGGAAGGAUGCAAUGGCAGAGUGGAAGGUGCAAGUAGAGGAGAGCAAGUGUGCAAAGGAGUGUGGUGGGCAGUGGGUUGGGUGUACACUCAGCCCUGGGCAAGUGGAGCAGUACUUGCAGUGGGCUUUCUGCUUCCCCUGGCUCUUUCUGCCUACAUGUUCCUCUACUGCGAGCCCCUGGACAUUGACCUCUCCUACAGUGCCUUUGAAGUGAGGAGUCAUUCAUCCGCAGAGCGUUUUGAUGCCCUUGCCAUCGCACUCAAGAGUCAGUUAGGGUCAUGGGACAGGCACAGGCGCGAUGCCGAAGGGUUUGAUUUGGACUCCAACGCUCUUAGAGAUCUGCUGUUGCUGAAACUGAACCGACAAGACAAGGAUUCCCCUAAGGUGACCAAUGAGACAAAGUUGCCAGGUGCCUUGGCAAGUGGACAAGUGGAGGUAAAACAGAUGCAAAAUGUUACAAGAGAAAAAGAGAUGAAGAAAGCAACAGACUGUGAGGGAAGAAGAGAAAUCCCAAGUGCCAGUGCAACAAGGUCUGGUCUACAUCCAUCUUUGGAAUCCAACAGAACAGAAGCUCAUAACAGGUCAAGCUCAUCUCUGAUUAGAAAACCAAGAUUUGCAGGCUACUCUUACCUUCAGACGCAAGCCCUCUGGAGGAUAGAGCUGGUCUUUGUUGCUCAGGGGGACAAGGACAACAAUAUCUUCACCCCGGAGCGCCUUCGCACCAUCCACCACGUGGAGCAACUGCUCAUGCAGCAUCCACAAUUCCAGCAGUUCUGCUGGAAGCCUCUAGAAGUUUUGAGGGAUCUACCUCUCGGGCCUUCCUACUGCUCUCCUCCCAGCUCCCUCAUCUCCUACCUGUUCCCCAGUGAGCGGGCAGGGAAGAUCUACUUCGAUGGCAUGGGUCCGGAUCUGGCUGAUAUACAUGGUGCUUUGAGUCUGGCGAUCACCCACCCUCAGUUUUAUUGGUAUGUGGAUGAGACCCUCACACCAGACAGCCUGCAUUCCUCACUCCUCCGCAGCGAGAUCCAUUUUGGAGCACCACUUCCUUCCUUCUACUCUCUGCAGGACCGCCCUCUGGAGCAGAGACGCAGAUUUAGGGACUUUGUGGUCCAAUAUGCAGAUAUUCUGGCUCAGCAGUCCACCAGCAUGGUGAAGGUGUUGUAUGGUGGCACAGAGCUUUUUGACGACGAGGUCAGAAGGACCUUUCACAGUGAUAUGUUGCUGGCAUUGUUCAGUGGGGCCUGUAUCACUGUGCUGGUCUACGUCCUCACCUCAUUCUCACUGUUUCUGACCUUCUUUGGCCUGGCUAGUAUUGGUCUCAGCUGCCUGGUGGCUCUGUUCCUCUAUCAUGUGGUGUUUGGGGUGAAAUACCUGGGAAUCCUUAACGGUGUGGCAGCCUUCGUCAUCAUCGGCAUUGGUGUGGACGAUGUGUUUGUGUUCAUCAGCACCUUCAGACAGGCAGCUCACGUACCAGGAGCCGAGCAGCGUAUGAUCUACACGGUGAAGACGGCUGGCAGGGCCACUUUCCUCACCUCCUUCACCACCGCUGCUGCCUAUGCUGCCAACGCCUUCUCCCAGAUCCCUGCGGUUCAUGACUUCGGCCUCUUCAUGUCCCUCAUUGUGAGCUGCUGCUGGCUAUGGGUGUCCAUUCUAAUGCCUGCUGCCCUCUGUCUUUGGGAUAAGUGUGGCGCUGCCCAUGCUAGCACCUGCCCAAAAUGGUGGAGUGCUCUGACAAAACUGUCGGUCAACCUCAGCCCUCUCUCUGAUGAGGAUGAUGAUGUCGCUCUUUUGACUGUAGAGAUGGAACCAGGACUUCACGAUUUCGAAUCGGAUGCAGCUCUGCUGUCUCUCUCACUGGAGCCUUCCCAGGCUGAGUCCGCAGAGGGCAACGUAGGGGUGGUCAGCGCCAAGCUCCAGAGGGCGCUGAAGCGCUGGGUGGCGGAGCCUGUGGUGGAGAAACAUAAAAUUGUCGUAGCACUGUAUGUUCUAGUGCUGCUGGCAUCAGCGUGUUGCUGCAGUUUGCUGAAGCCAGCCAGUCACGCUCCUGUGCUCUUCCACCGGGACACCAACCUACAGCGGCUGCUGGAUCUCCGUAGCAACCUGAGCGCCCAGGGGAUCUCCUGCCACAUGUGUUCAGGAGUGUUUAUGGAAAGACCUCACAGUCUGCACAAUAGCGUCCACUCCGUGAGCUCCAACUCAAGGAAGCAUUCGCCCUACAGCCAGGCCGAGGGCAGCCUGAGGGUGCCAAACACUGCUAACUCCACACAAGCAUUGUCAGCCGGCAUCCUGACAGUCUACGUUUCUAAGCUGGAGGUGGACACACCCAUCACGCUCUACCGUUACUCUCUGAGUGCCAGCAUAGAGGCUCCCUGGAGGGCACUUACUGCCGGGCACGGAGACGUGCCAUCCUUUCAGGCUUACAGCAGUCGCCAUGGCAACUUCAGCACUCAGCUUACAGUCUGCGUGUCCCAUGCCUACCACCCUCGGCCACGAUGGAUGCUGACCCGGGGGUCGUGCGACCCUCACCAUGGCUGGAGGUUGGAGUUUAGCUUCUUCGUGGCGCUGAGCGAGCAGAAGAACAGCAGGAAGCUCUAUUUUGCCCAGAACGCACUCAGUCCGUAUCCUAGCCGCGUGUGUGACGGACCCCCAGGCUGCAUAGUUGGCUCUGGGCCUGAUGGACCCACUAAGGGUAUUUUCUACGCCCCACUGCCUGCAGCUCCCAAACAGGUGAAGAGUUCCAUGACGUCCGGCUUUAACCCCUGUAGUGGAGGUGGGUGUGGGAAGCCAGCAGUUCGCCCUCUAGUGGACACUGGAGCCAUGGUAUUCGUAGUGUUUGGGAUACUUGGAGUUAAUCGCACUCAACACGCAGACAACCAUGUAAUCGGAGACCUGGGCAGCGUGAUCUAUGAUCCCGACUUUGAUCUUUUCAAUGAAAUCGGUCACUUAUGCCAACUCUGCAAAGCCAUCAGCGCCAACACACAGCUAGUCAAGCCGGGCGGAGCACAGUGUUUACCUUCAGGUAACAGUCUCUCCUCUAUUCUUCCUCUCCUCCACCCUGAGUGUCACUCUCUUCCUGAGCCGAACCUCCUGCCUGGUCAGCUGUCUCAUGGUGCAGUGGGCAUGCAGGGGGGCAGAGUGCACUGGAUAUCCAUGGCCUUUGAGUCAACCACCUACAAAGGGAAGUCCUCAUUUCAGACUCACUCUGAUUUCCUCCAAUGGGAGCGUUUCCUGCAGGAGCAGUUAGCAUCACUCCCACAGUCCUCAGCGCUGCGUCGAGGGUUCCAAACCUGCCAACAUUGGAAGCAGAUCUUUAUGGAGAUCAUAGGUGUGGAAAGCGCCCUCUACAGUCUGCUGCUGUCUUUGGCCAUCUGCAUAGCGUCUGUAGCUGUCUUUACUGCUCAUCCGCUACUGUUACUGCCCAUCUUACUUAGCAUUCUGGGUGUGGUUUGCCUGGUGGUAGCAGUAAUGUACUGGCUUGGCUGGGAGAUGGGUGCAGUGGAGGCCAUCUCUCUUUCUAUUCUGGUGGGAUCUUCUGUGGACUACUGCCUGCACCUGGUGGAGGGCUAUCUGCUUGCUGGAGAUCUAACAACUGUGGUCAGUCACAACAUGGAUCCAUCAACCAAGCGUCAACAACGAACAGUGGAAGCAGUCAAUCAUGUGGGUGUUGCCAUUGUAUCCAGCGCAGUAACCACAGUGAUCUCCACAGUACCGCUCUUUUUCUGCGUGAUUGUGCCUUUCUCCAAGUUUGGCCAGAUUGUGGCUAUCAACACUGCCAUCUCUAUAUUAUUCACCCUGGUUGUGACCACAGCUUUGUUAGCCACAAUGGGGCCUUCUGACUUCACUAGGCCUCCCAGAGCAGUUCUCAAAGCCAGUCUGGUGGUGCUGGGCGUGGGAGCCUCUGGGUGCCUCCUUUGGUGGACUGGAUCACAAUUCCUCCCUGCCAGCUGGAACUCGCUCAUUACGUAAGUUGGUCCAUCGAUAAAUGAUUAUGACAAAAUUUGGAACAACUACAAAAGAUGGAACUAUGGAGUCUAUGGAGUCUGUAUGUAAAUUUAUAAAGAUCUGUGAUAGAUAUGUGGUUGUUUCUGACAAAAUCAAAGUGGACUAAAAUGUGAACCUUGAGGAACACCACUGUUGAAAUGACUUAAUUUGAGUGUUGAAGGUUGAGAUGAAUGCGUGAGCUGGCAUACUUGAGUGAACUUGAUUGUCAACUGUUCUGAUCUUCCCACAUACUGCAUCGAAGGAAAAGUUAAGAAUGGUUUUCCAUGGUUUAUUAUCUGCUACAUAUUUCAAAAUGGUAACUAAAGGGUGGUCCAAGGAGGGAAGGUGGAGUGCCAUGAAAUGAGGUCUAUCUCAGAUUAUGUAAAGAUUUAUCUCAGAUUAGGCAAAAAAGAACCUGCCCUGGAUUUAAUAUUGAAGAUUAUGGGGGGGAGGCGAAGAGAGAAGACAAGAAAUGAGAUUUGGAAAGAGAGAGAAAUGUUAGGUCCUGUGUUUCCCAGCUCUGUGCUUGUGGGAUAUCAGCGGCAGUUUGUCUUUUGAACUAAUAUUGUUAAAAUGCCACUCUAACAUACAUCAGCUCUGACAGUGGUAUACCUUUGUGGCCCCGAGGAAAGGAUUGGGUAAUCUUUCUUUCUCCUUUUCGGGAAGACGAGGGUUCGGUUUGUAGCCUGCUGGUGAUAGGCUUAUAAAUGAAUACUCAUGAAAGAAUACCUUAUAAGAAACCUGUAUAGGCAAAUGACAACAUGUCCUUUGAAAAGUUAACGGCUCCAUUUUAACAUUGGUUGUACAUAAAACGGUAUGGGCUCCACAAGUAUUUUGUACAAUGGGUCAUUUUGUGAAACUGUGGCAAACACUGGCUGUAGUAAUGUUUUUUUCAAUUGCUGUAAAACUAGUUUGGCAUAGUUGUCAUGCUUAAAAACAAAGUGUUUCUGUUAAAUUGCUCAUUUUAAAACCAUUUAUAUGAUGUGCUGACGGCGUGUUCUGUGCUUCUUGCUCACCAAACAAUCCACUUACCUCGGGGGCAUGUUCACUCUUUUGUAUGCUGUGAUUUAUACGUCUCGUAAACAGAUGUGCAUAAACAGUGGGUUUUGCCUGCCCGCCUGCCCCCGCUUGGAACGACUUGACCCUUGAUAGACUUGACCCAGUUUGGAGAUGAUAUUCCAUUUCAGAGCUCCUCAACCUCUGUCUUGGACCCUCUCGCUCUUCUGCGGAGAUUAUCACUAUACGAUGAAUAGCUGAUGUACUCUACUGCAGAGGAAAAAAAGCACUUAUAAAGAGAUCCACUAGC